AUGAAUCGGGGAAGGCUUCUCCCGGCGUUGUUGCUGCUCGCGUGCCUCUCGAUCCGUGCGCGAGCGGCCGGCGCGGACGGCGCGGAGUGGAAGAGCGACGCACACUGCACGUUCUACACGGGCACCACGGACGUCAGCGGAGGGUACGCGGGCAACUGCGGGUACGGGGACCUGUCGAGGCCGCUCGGAGACGCCCCGCCGUACGGACCGCUCUUCUUCGCCGGAAGCCCCCUACUCUACGGAGGGGGCGCCGGGUGCGGGAGCUGCUACGAGGUGCGGUGCGCGAACCACGACGCCUGCAACGGACGGUCCGUCGUGGUGACCAUGACCGACUUCUGCCCGACCGAAGGGAACCUGCCGUGGUGCGCGCCCGACCGGAUCCACUUCGACCUCUCCGGUUACGCCAUGGCCCAGAUCGUGAAGGACGUCGCCGUCGGGACGACCCCGCUCGAGUACAGGCGGGUGGACUGCCCACGAGAGGGGCCCGCGGUGGUCGGCGUCGUGGGCAAUCCCUACUGGAUGGAGAUCUCGGUGAGGAACCUGGCGAGGUCGGGAGCGUACGAUGCCAUGCGCGUCAGGGAUGCCGGCGGCGCUUGGAAGGACAUCAAGAGGGAUUGGGGCGCGAACUUCGUCGUGAACGAACAGCUGCGGGGAAACAUCAGCGUGGAGAUCUCAGACCCGGCGACCGGGGACCGCCCCGGGAGAAGGCGGUCGUACCCGCAGCGGCCCCACCGGACGCGCCUCUCGUGA